ACGCGCACGUUCAUACAUAUUUAUAUACCCACUGAAAUUCACAGACACAUACAUGUAAAUACACAACGACACGCACCAAAACACAAUGUGUUGUAAAUACAAUUACAGUUGCAAGAAGUUUCUGAACCCUUCAAACAGCCCUGUCAGUCAUCACUCACUGUCCUCAAUGAAAGAGUGAAACGUGCAGUCGUUUGUGUUAUUAGUUUAGCCAAGAAGAUCUUAAAGGAAGAUCAGACCAUAGUUUGGGAUGGUGACGGUCUCCGGCUCUCUGUCGGUUCUGCUGGACUCGGUGUUGUGUGCUCUGGGUCCGCUGGCCUGUCUCAGAACUCAACGGCUGUCCACAUCAUGUGCUGUCAAACACUCUGGACAACAUCGCAUACGUGAUGCCGGGUCUGUGAAGGACUCGUGUCCCGAUGCUGCUGCCAGCUGCUCCUCAGCGUCUGAUCAAACAUCCACUAAAGACUUUACGACUGGCGCAGUUUUGCACUGCAACUCACAGACACUUCAACUUUUAACAUGCUUCUCAAACCUGCGCUCCAGUUUUAUCUGAUCUAAUGUUGAUUUUGUAUUUCUGUUGUUUUUCCUCAAUAAAAUCCAUUUUAGUAUGUUCUUUUAACUCUGGAGUGGGCCGUGGGUUUUGUAGUUGGAAUAUUUUGGGUUUGAGAAUAUAAAGUGGGCUUUCAGAAAUGAUUCAGUGUGAAGCGUUCUCAGCGUUACAGACAUCAGCAGGAGUUUCUUCUCUAGUCCUGAUGCAGAGAAUCUCACCGGGCGAGUUAAUUCAAAGUUAACCCUAACUCUUCCUGAAUAAAAACACAUCCGGUUUAAUGUCACAGAUGCUCUGUUUAAAGAGACUUGACGCAUCUGUGAGCUUGAGGUUAGACACUAGAUUGUUUCUGCGCUCAAAAACUAGAUAAAACUCAACUCAUGGAGUCUCUGGAUGUGAAAGUAAGAAGUUGAGCUUUGUAGAAACAGCAAGUCCUCCUGUCCUGCUGAAAAGCCUGCUCUGCUCUCAGGUUUAGAGGGGUUUUGAGCACUUCUCAGCUGCCCAGGGCCACAAACCUUAACAACUGAACACCAUCGAACCAGUCUAGGCUGGGUUCAGAGUCGUGUGAGCGGCUGAUGCAGGUUUGGUGGGUCUGGGUGCGGCUGCAUCGCUGUGAUUCACACACAAGACAAGAGGUGUGACACGUCUCUGACACGAGAGGACACACACAGAGACGCUUCCCACUCAGAUCAGCAGAGAGAGACGGACACACAUGGAUUCCUCUGAUCAGGUCGGCUCUGGCCGUUCCCGCUCCGAGCUGUGUUUGGUUCUGGUGGGCAGCAUCGGCUGUGGGAAGACCAUGACAGCGGACACCCUGCUGGGUCAGAGCUCGGCCCCGGGCCCCUCGGCCUCGUCCCGCGUGACUCAGAUCCGGAGCGGACUGUCGGGGGGCCGGCGGCUGAGCAUCGUGGAGACCCCUCGCUGGUACUGGUGCGGUCAGGAGCUGGAGGCCCACAUCCAGGAGGAGACCCGGCGGUUCCUGGGCUCCAGCGCUCCCGGGCCCUUCGUCCUCCUCAUCCUCAUUCCCAUCGGGGAGUUCACGGAGGUGGAGCGGCGCAUCCCGGAUCAGCUGGAGCGCAUGUUUGGGCCGUCGGUGCUGGGUCACACGCUGGUGCUGCUCACCUGUGGAGAAUACCUGAUGGGCCGCGGUCUGGAGGAGUACCUCGGGAAGGAGGCGGGGCUGCAGGAGGUGGGGAGGAGGUGUCACGGCCGCUGCCACGUGAUCAGUAACCGCAGACCUGACGACAGACAGCAGGUCCUCGCUCUGCUGGAUAAGGUGGAGCAGAUGCUCCAGAGGAACGGAGGAUUUCACCUGGAAACACACGGGAGACACGUCACAGAGCAGGAGAAAACAGAGAUGAAGCUCAGUGCAACCAGAGGCACGGUGUGGAACGGAGGAAAACAAACACAAAUCAAUACGUUUGGAGAAACAGGAAGUGAUGUAAUGACUGAGAGACGCCUGAUCAACGGGCUUCAGUCGCAGCAGCGCGAGUGUGAGGAAACACACUCCCGACACACACCGCUGGAGAGAAGCCCGAGCUUCACACUCAACAAAGGUGCUGAAACCAACCGGAUGACUGAACGAACACAUGAAAGUCCUUCAGCUGAUCCAGAAGUGUCCAAUCCUGUUCCUGGAGGCCAGAGUUCACUGCAGCUCCAGUUAAACACACCUGAACCAGCUGAUCAGGAUCUGAUCUGCCCUCGAGGAGCAGGACUGGACACGCCUGAUCUAAUCAAACUAAUCAUGCAAAUAUUAAAGCUGAGAGACGUGUUGCUGCUAAUUGUGGUUAUGCACAAAAAAACUGUGUGUUCUGUCAAACAGGUCACAUCACUUCAGACCAUUGUGCAUGCUUCCUUCGUUAAAUAUAGAGCUGUUUUACUCAAAAAAGAUACCAAAGACUAUAAACCUUAAAAAUCCACAGAUUAAAGCAAUAAGCCCCAAGAAGCCGUGGUUUACAGUGAAUUUAUAACAGCUAAG